ACAAAAUUCACUUAAACGAAAACCAAAAAAAAAAAAACAAAAAAACAAAAACAACGUCGAAAUGGAGGGAGAAGGAGGAGGUGCUGCGGCCCAGCAGGCAGACACGGAGAUGGCAGAGACGCCAUCAGACCCUCAGCAGCCACCGGAGGCUCCUCAGGCGGCGGGGAUCGAGAACAUCCCGGCGACGUUGAGCCACGGGAGACGACUUAUUCAGUACAACAUACUUGGGAACAUAUUUGAAGUGACGGCGAAGUAUAAGUCGCCUAUUAUGCCCAUCGAGAUGGGCGCAUAUGGCAUCGUUUGUUCAGCGUUGAAUUCGGAGACAAAUGAGCAUGGGGCAAUAAAGAAGAUAGCAAAUGCAUUUGAUAUUAAGAUUGAUGCAAAGAAGACUCUUCAUGAGAUCAAGUUGCUUCGGCACAUGGAUCAUGAAAAUGUUGAUGCAAUAAGGGAUAUAAUUCCGCCACAUUAAACGGAAUUGUUUAAUGAUGUUUAUAUUGCAUAUGAGCUCAUGGAUACAGACUUGCAUGAGAUAAUUCGGUCCAAUCAAGCAUUAUCAGAGGAACACUGCCAGGUUUGAGUUUAUAGCUUUUUCUUUUAGGUGUAUAACUUUUUUGAAAAAAACAAUGACACUAAUUCUUUUCCAAAAUAUUGAAGAAGUCCUAUGCUUGAGUAACCUUGACUUGAGAAAACCCUUUUUCUACGUAUAGAUUUGUUCUUGCUAUUUGUCAUUGAUUGCGUAAACUGGCAGGUUAAUUUGAAUGUCAUCACCCUUGAUUAGGAGGCCUUUUCCAGGUUUAGAUGUAGGUUGAUGCAUGAUUAGUUGCCCAAAUGUCUAUUAAUGUGUAUUAGCACACAAGUACAAUUGGCAAGGGGGCCUGGAGCUGCUAACUAAGUGGAAAGGAUGGCCUGUAUGCGAAAAUUCAUGGAAACUCCAUAGCAAACUCAUAUAGCUCUUUCUGGCAUUGCACCUUGAGGACAAGGUGCCUCUCGAUGGGCGGCAAAAUUUUAGGGCGAAGGUCUAUGUGAGGAGGAAAGAAAGGAAAAGAGUUGAAGCUGGAGAGACAGGUGGCCGAAUUGAGAAGCAAACAGAUGGCAAGCAUCCUGGAGCAACAGAUGGCAGUCAUCCAGAAGGAAGGCAAACAAGAGACAGCCAUGAAGAAUUAGUGUCCAGGCCACCAAAUGAAAGGAUCACUGAGAUCUUCAAUGCUGAGGUGACAGCACAUGAGGAAGGAGGUAGUUACAGAAGGAAUGAUGAAAUAGGCUCUGGAGGGGAAAAGAAAAGGCAGGCAGAAAA